UGUGACAGCGGCCCGUUCGCAGCACUCAUGGCUGUCGGUGACAAGCACGACGCCAGCCAAUACGAUGUCGAAAUCUGCGAAACGCAAUGGACCUACGGUACUGUUGUUCGUGGUGUCGAAGUCUGGGGCAGCAAGGACCGUAUCAGCGGAAUCUCCUUGACGUACUCCAACCAGGACCACAGCCAUCUCAUCGGAGCACGCGCAGGAGACUACCACCAGAAACUGGACUGGGAUCCCUUUACUGUCCAGGUGUCGCGGACUGUGCUCUGGUCUGACCGGGAUGCUACGCAGCUUGGUGGCUUGCGCAUCGAGCUAUCCAAUGGUGAAAGCCUCGAAAUGAAGAUCGACAAACUCAGUGGCAAGACAUUCAGUCCGGACGUCGGCAGUGGUAUCAUGCUGGGUGGGUGGGGACGAGCAGACGACCACAUCACAGCCUGGGGCUGGAUGUUCCUCGAAGACAAAGUCGACAAGAUCCAGAUCGGAGACUUCAGAUGGGACCAGGACCAGGAAGAAUUUGCCAAAUCGCAAGCAGGAAUCAAGAGAGCCGUAAAGGCGUCCCAAGGCCAGUACAACUCAGCCUCCAACGCCACCACCAUCGCUUUCGACAUCACCGACACCGUCGCCAACUCGUACUCCUACAGCCAGAGCGUUCAUUACAACUUCGGCAUGGGCUAUUCCCUUGAAAUCAGCGGCCAGGUCGCGGGCGUCGGUCCCAAAUCCAGCUUCAGCGUCUCCUUCGAGGUCGGCCAGGACUUUAGGAAGGAAUGGACCGAGACCCAGUCCACGACGCUCACCUUCAAGGUCUCGCAGCCCGCUCUGCCAGGAAAGACCACCAUGUGCAUUGGCUACGUCGAGUAUGGCGAAUUCGACAUGGGCUACGAUGCGAAUGUGCACAUCACGCUGAAGAACGGGAAGACGUUCGACUUUAGGGAGAGGGGUGAGAGGAAGCAGACUAUGUUUGGCCAAGCGCAGACGGCGUGUGCGGAUGAGGAUGGGGAUCAUACCGGGGAGAGCGCCGAGGACUUUGUCAAUCGGCAUCGGCCGGCGACUACGAAGAGGGAGAGCAGGAAGAGGGAGAGUAGGUUUAUUUCUCGCCUGCCUGCUGCUUAGAUGUUGCAGUAGGGCAAAUAACCUUGAGAAGGAUCUUUGCGGAUGCGACUAAGGAGGUAGGCUGUAGGGUAUGCAUCUGUGAGCUAUAUUGGUGGAAAUUACUCUGCGAUGCUUUCGAAGAUAUGCAGAUGAUAUAUCGCACAGGAAAAACUAGGUUGAUUCUGAUGUAGUGUAGAUAUCCGUUCUGGAC